GAGAAGCGUGGAUAAGGCGGAAAUGCUAAUAAGAGAAAAAAAUAUAGCAGAUUUGUUUCUUCAGAGAAAGAAAGAACACGCACAUCCAUUAAAGGAGCGGCUUAUCCAGACUUUGUGCUUUAAAGGAGAAAGACUUGGCACUUUCAGCUUCAGGCAGCAGGAUUACAGCACCAUGUCCUACCUUCCAGCCCUCUUCAAAUAUGUGGAUGAACAUCAGGAUGAAUACAUUGAGCGCCUGGCUAAGUGGGUGGCCGUGCAGAGUGUCUCAGCCUGGCCUGAGAAACGUGGAGAGAUCAAGAAAAUGAUGGAGAUGGCAGCCAAAGAUAUAGAGAAGCUUGGAGGAACAGUGGAGUUGGUGGACAUCGGAAAACAGAAGCUGCACAGUGGUGAAGAGAUUCCUCUUCCUCCUAUAAUCCUGGGCAGGCUCGGCUCAGACCCAGGCAAGAAGACCGUGUGCAUCUAUGGGCACCUGGAUGUCCAGCCUGCACAUUUGGAGGAUGGUUGGGACUCCGAGCCCUUCACUCUGGAGGAAAGAGAUGGAAAACUUUAUGGGCGUGGAUCUACAGAUGACAAAGGCCCUGUGAUUGCCUGGUUUAACGUCAUUGAGGCCUUCAAGAAGAUAGGACAGGAGCUGCCCAUCAACAUCAAGUUCUGCUUCGAGGGGAUGGAAGAGUCCGGCUCUGAGGGUUUGGAUGAGUUGGUGUUAUCGCGGAAAGACUCAUUCUUUAAGGACGUGGACUAUGUUUGCAUUUCGGACAACUACUGGCUGGGUAAGACCAAGCCCUGCAUUACCUACGGCCUGAGAGGAAUCUGUUACUUCUUUGUCGAGGUGGAAUGCUCUAAUAAGGAUCUGCAUUCUGGGGUGUUCGGAGGCUCUGUCCAUGAAGCCAUGACUGACCUGAUUACUCUCUUGGGCUCCUUGGUGGAUAAGAAAGGGAAGAUCCUGGUGCCGGGGAUAGAGGACGAUGUUGCUAAGCUCACUAGUGAGGAGAAAAAGCUUUAUGAGAAGAUCGAGUUUGACCUGGAAGAUUACAUCAAAGAUGUGGGAGCCAAAUGUCUGCUGCACAGCACUAAGGAGGAAGUGUUGAUGCACCGCUGGAGGUACCCGUCUCUUUCACUGCACGGCAUCGAGGGCGCUUUCUCUGGCAGCGGAGCCAAGACGGUCAUCCCACGCAAAGUCAUUGGCAAGUUCUCCAUCCGUUUGGUGCCUGACAUGGACCCCAAAGUGGUGGAGCAACAGGUUGUCUCUUACCUCACGAAGAAGUUUGCCGAGUUGGAGAGCCCCAACACGUUAAAGGUGAGCAUGGGCCAUGGAGCCAAGGCCUGGGUGUCUGAUUUUAACCAUCCUCACUACGUGGCUGGGAGAAAAGCCAUGAAGACUGUGUUUGGCGUUGAGCCUGAUCUGACCCGCGAGGGAGGAAGUAUCCCCGUGACUCUGACCUUCCAGGAGGCUACAGGACGCAACGUCAUGUUGCUUCCUGUCGGCUCAUCAGACGACGGAGCUCAUUCCCAAAACGAGAAACUCAACAGGUCCAACUACGUCCAGGGCAUGAAAAUGUUGGGCGCUUACUUCCAUGAAGUGUCUCAGCUCUCUUAAAAGGAUUCAUGUGGAUCAGUAUAACCAAGUUGGCUUGAUAAGGGAAUGAAAAAUUGUUGUUCUUAUGAAGAUAUUUUGUAAUUCAGUAUAGUCUGCAGCACCAACAUGCCUGAGAGUACCAUAUACACAGGAAGUUUAUCAAAGCCAGUGCUAAGUGUAGCCAGUUAUUAUUUGCAGUCUGUAGUACCAGCCCUGGGGCUCCAUUAUGUCUGCAUUAAUUGCAAGAUUUGUGAUGGGUCAAGGGUUUGGGUUGUAUCAUGCGAUCUAAUGACCGAUCAGGCUUGAGCCACAGUAAAAAAAAAAAAAAGACAUGAGAUAAAUGGGCUCGUGUGGAGCAAAGAAAGAUGGUUCUUGUGUUAAUCCAGCUAUAGGUAUCUUCUUGAAUGCUUUUUGAUCAAUAAAGUGUUCCUGUUAAGGCAUGUUUUAAAAAUCUCAUUGAUUGUAUAACGUCACAUACAAAAAUGCAGCAAUAAUAAAAUGAUAUUCAUGAA